AUUUCCCACUCUCCUUCAACUUUUUGAAACAAAAUCAGUUCUCGUUAGUUCUAGUUAUCGAAACUUGUGAAGAAGGUCUGCAAUGGCUGCCGCAAAGAAAUUGAUGCCAAAGCGAAUGAAGAAGAAGAUGCAGGUGGAGAGAAUGGCUCAUGCCAGAGCUUGCAAGGUUGCAAAGAGAGAGGCUCGCGUCGCUGAGGAAGCAUCUGGAAAAUCAACUGGUGGAUCUACUCGCGGAGCCAAGUGAUAGCCGAGCCACAACACAUGACCCCAUCGAACUUCAUCUUCUGAUUAUGCUAAUAAAAUGCUUAAAAAUCGA